UGCCCGCAAUCAGAGCUAUGCGCUCUCUCGAUUAAAAAAUGCGCUGUUGUGAUUGCUUAAUACGCUCCUCUGAUUUUUGGCAGGAAUGUAACGUCAUAGUUUUAGUUAGAAGUGUAGAGAAUAGAAACAAUUAGUGGUGAUAAUUUUACCGUGAUUUUUCUUGCAUGCAGCAACAAAGGUAUUUGCAGUAAAAGCUUAAACUUGAACAGGAACAUCUCUGAGACCUACCCACAAUGCUUCCGUUAGAAACUGUUCGGUGGUUUACUAUAAAAACUGGUGGUAGGGUCUGCAAGUCAUAUGCUUUGUUCUUUCCCUCUGUGCAACCAUGAUACAUACAGGUGCCAUCAUCUACGUCCUUCUGUUGGUCUCCCUCACCGGCGCUUCUGCCAGCAGCAUAGUUGGAGGCAAAGUUUCCAAGCCCCACUCCAGACCCUACAUGGCAUCCCUUCAAUAUCAAGACAAACAUUCAUGUGGUGGGAUACUUGUUCGGAAGGAUUUUGUUCUAACUGCAGCACACUGCCAAUCUCAAGGUGACAUGACGGUGGUGCUUGGAGCACAUGACCUCAGCAAGGUGGAGAAAAGUCAGCAAAAGAUCAAAGUGGCAAAGUUCUUUCCACAUCCAAAAUACACUGGAAAAUAUGAUUUCGACAUCAUGCUUCUAAAGUUAAAAAAUAAUGCCACAAAGAAUAAGUACGUGAAGCCCUUUGACCUGCCCAAGAAAGACAAAAAAAUCGCUGACAAACUCAGUUGUCUUGUUGCUGGCUGGGGAGGAACUGGACCAAGAGAGCCUACUUCAAAUGUUCUGAAAGAAGGGACAGAAAAGAUCCUGUCCAUCGCUGAAUGUAAAAAUGUUUGGACCAAACAUUUUUCUUCAGACCACAUGAUUUGCACCACAUUUACUAAAAAGAAGGGGGGAAUAUGCCAGGGUGAUUCCGGUGGACCUCUAAUUUGCAAAAAUAAGCUGCAGGGCAUAACUGCUUUCACUGCAGACAAAAAAUGUGAUAAUCCAGUGUACCCUCAUGUCUUCACGAAAAUUAAUUUUUUUCUACCCUGGAUCAACAAGAUAAUGCAGAAGCUUGCUUAAGCUGAGCAUGAUUCCUUUUCGUCCUUCUUAAAUAAAAGGUGUAUUAUUACUUAGGUGUAGAAAUCAUAACUGCAUAAAGAUCUUUCACACUGAGCUGCAAUUACAAACAUCUACAAUAAAAGAUACAUCUCUUAAUUAUGCAUUUGUUUAUCAUAGGAGCUUCACACAUUUUUUGCAAAUUAUCAAUUAAAAUUUUACCAACUCUA